AUGCGCGCACUCUUCAGACUCGACGGGCGAGGCUUGAAUCCAGUCAGGCAGUUGCAAGUCAUGAGGCGUAACACUGGAACUCAUGGACUCAUGGAGAAUGGUCCUCCAAAUGAUGUUGUUCCUUGCGACAAUCAUGCACCAUUGGGCACGGUAUGUUCUGAGGAGGAAAAACCUGCUUGUGAUGAAGAAGAUGACCCCUUGGCCGCCGUAGCCGCCUCACCCUUUGGUAAGGCUGACAAGGUUGAAGUUGAAGCUCGAGCUGUUUGUGAUCCCUCCGUAGCCGCCUCACCCUCUGAUAAGGUUGAAGCUCCAGCUCCAGUUGCUUGUGGUCCCAGAGAUGAACCCUUCGCUGCUGUAGCUGCCUCGCUACUUGACGAGGUUGCAGCUCCAGCUCCAGUUGCUUGUGGUCCCAGAGAUGAACCCUUCGCUGCUGUAGCCGCUUUACUACCUGAUAAGGUUGAAGCUCCUGCUCCAGCUGCUUGUGAUCCCCGAGAUGACAGCUUCGUUUCUCAGAAGGCGGUGCAAAGGGCCACUGACUCCGCUGAUGACCAAGCGAUGGACGUCGAGAUGCCUGAGUGGGUAUCCGUCGUCAUGGACAUUUUGGGGCCUCAUUUGCGUGACAGUCACUGGGGUGAUGGCGCAAUCACAUACGGAAGUGAUUGCUCUGGAAUCGAUUCACCGCGAUGGGCACUAUCUCAAUUGGUGGAGGCAUUGCAGGUGCGUCACAGAAAGAAGCUGAAACUUGUCUAUGAGUUCGCCAGCGAAGCCCCCGGUAAGGAAGGCCUGUGGCAAAAGAGGCUGCUGCUUCUCAACGAUCCUCCGCCAAGAAUUCUGUAUGAUGACAUGCUUGCACGAGGUGAGGAAGAAGGGCCGGACUUUGUGAAUGGCGGCCAUUGCGAAGUCCCUCGUGUACAGUGGUACACAGGGGGGUUCGAAUGUCAGGACUUAUCGAACCUGAACGUGUCCCGCAAGAGCUUGAGUUUGAACAUCACUGAGGAGUCUGGCAUGUCCAGCCGGACCUUGUCUCAGAGUUUGAAGUAUAUCAAGUCAAAGCGGCCGGCUUUCGUCGUCCUAGAGAAUGUGAGCAAGAAAAAGACAGGGGAGAUUGUAUGCGCUGAACUGACGCAGAUGGGGUACAUCUGCUGCUGUCUAUUUGCCAACUCGAGUUCAUAUGGCGUACCGCAAAGCAGAAGCAGGCUUUAUGUGGCUGCAGUUUGUGCCGACCAGGUUCAUGUUGAACACGGGCCUCUGCAGUGGAUACAGUGGUUGCAGGAGAUUUCCACAAGGGCAGUAGCGCCACCUUUUUCCAGCUACAUGCUCCCAAAUGAUGAUGGUCUUGUGCAGAACUUUCUGGCUGACCGACAGAAGCAUCCCAAAACACAACAAGAGAUUAUUGAAUCACUGGAAAAGGGGGCAUCGUGGCCAAAGUGCUUUGAAAAGCACCAGGAAGCCAGGUCAUGCAUUCAAACGAUGCUUGGAAAGAAGGUUCCUUCGUGCAGGCAGCUCUUCAAGAAGUACGCAAAUGAGUGGAGCAAGACCCUUCCUGCAAGGGAGCAGGAUGUGUUGUACUUGCACCUGUUUGUGUUAGAACAACAUCGAGGACGCCCCGAUUUCCCAGUUAUCUGGGAUCUCACGCACAAUGUGACCUUUGCUGCGUGGAAGGAAGAGCAAUAUGAGGAGAAACUGCCUUGUCUACUCAGGAAACAUCGAUACUACCAUUGUGGCCAGCAGCGAUUGAUUUUGGGAUGUGAACUACUAAGAGGCCAAGGCUUCCCCAAGUCGAUCAAAACUUCUGGCCGUGUGGUGGCUGCGCGUGAUCCAGACUUCUCCGACCCUGAUCACAACACUGUGUGUGAUGUGCCAGAUGCUCAGCUCAAUUCCAUAGCAGGAAAUACGAUUUCCGUCCCCGUUGUUGGCAGCAUCAUGGCUUGUAUGAUGGCCGGCUGUCAGUUGGUGACGGCGCCUACUGAUGCUGCAAAUAAGGCGGCAGUGGCAAACGCCAUGUGGCCAAUUCGCUUUCCAAAUGCCCAAUCGUCAACAGACGGAGUUUGGGUGGGCAGCCAAAGAAUUGCAGCUCAUGCUGGGCGUUUCGAUUGUAUUCAUAUGGCGGCAAAGCCAGAAGCAUCCAGUGCAUCGAAGCGGCGAUUAGAAGCAUCCUCACAUGAUGCCGAUGUUUCAAAGCAAAAAACAUUGAAGCAGUGUGGAUGGUGA